AACAAAACCCUAAAAUUUCCGCUGACGAUUUCACGCCAAUCUCCAAACAGGUGAGGGUUCGGACGCCUGAAAGCAUGUCGGACGAAGAACACCAAUUUGAGUCGAAGGCCGAUGCUGGUGCUUCCAAGACGUUUCCGCAACAGGCAGGCACUAUUAGGAAAAACGGUUACAUUGUCAUCAAAGGCCGUCCUUGCAAGGUUGUAGAAGUUUCGACCUCAAAAACAGGAAAGCAUGGCCACGCCAAAUGUCAUUUUGUUGCCAUUGACAUCUUUAAUGGAAAGAAGCUUGAGGAUAUUGUCCCCUCCUCCCAUAACUGUGAUGUUCCGCACGUGAAUCGCACUGAUUAUCAGCUGAUUGACAUAUCUGAAGAUGGAUUUGUGAGUUUGCUUACUGAAAAUGGAAACACUAAGGAUGACCUCAGGCUUCCAACCGAUGAGAAUCUGCUAGCCCAGAUCAAGGAUGGUUUCAAUGACGGGAAAGAUCUUGUUGUUAGUGUUAUGUCUGCCAUGGGAGAGGAGCAGAUUUGUGCCCUCAAAGAUAUCGGUCCCAAAUAGCUUGGCCUACUUGUAAGCCCUACCAAAUUGCAAUCUGAUUUUGAACUUUAAUUAUUUGACAGAAAAUCUUGUGCCUCUACUAUUUAUCAAGACACAAGAAUGGAUUUUGCUAAGUAUUGCUUGGGAUUUUAUUUAUAUUCUGCUUCUUCCUUGACAA